AUGCGGAGAAGACAACAGCUACAACAACAGAAUAUCUGUUUCCUUAUAUUUGCUGUCCUGAUAAUACCGUCAUGUUCUAACAGACAUUUGUAUCCAGAAAUAUUUGAAACCAGUGAUGAUAAAUUCAGUGAACAGGCUAAUUUAACACAACCUUAUCAAAUUCUGUUAAGUAUAUCAGAAUCAUCAGUUAUCAAAUCAGAUUUAAUAAAUCUAAGUCAAAUUAUGCAUAAUCAUGGUAUUCUAUUAGAGACGUCGAUUGAUGAAGCAGAAAAACGUAGUAGUAGUUCAAAAGUUAUGAAUUUUGAAAUACUUGAUAUUAGCGCUAAUCUACUGACUGCAUAUAAACAAAGAAAUCAGAACAAUUUACUUAAUCUUAUUGAUUUACAUCCAAUUAAAGGAAUUCUGAAAUUUGGUGUACCGUUAGAUCGAGAAUAUAUUUGUAAUGAUUUACAGAAUACUAAUAAACAGUGUAAGAUCACUAUUCUCAUAGCAGCUUAUAAAAUAAAUAAUGAAGCUAUGGACCAAAGUGAAAUGCAUACUUCGAAUGAAAAGGAAUCUCCUAUGAAUGUGAACGAUAACAAACAUAAAAAGGAAUUAAUAUGUAUUGAAUUAAUUAUAACUCUACUGGAUAUAAACGAUAAUUCACCAUAUUUUCCACAAGUGCCUGGAAUUGAAAAUCAUCCAAGGAUUAUAACCAUUGAAGAAGAAUGUCCUAUUGGAACAAUGGUCUCAUUACCAAUAGCUAAUGAUAUAGACUCAACUGAACAUGGUAUUGUAAGGUAUGAACUUCAUCCAGUUUCUACACCAGGCGAAGUAAUGCAAUUAUUUGAAAUCGCACAGUUUAGAGGGCUAAGAAUUCAAUGUGAAGAGAUGACAGCAAAUGAAGUAUAUGCAUUAAAUUAUACGUAUAAUUCUAAUCAACAAAUAAACAAGGAUUCACUUCCUUUAGUACCAUGUUUAAGAGUAAUUGGUAGGCUUGACAGAGAACAGGCAUCACGUUAUGCAAUAAAACUUGUUGCUAUUGAUUCCGGUGGAAGAAAGGGGGAAACAGUUUUACGAAUAGUAAUUCGAGAUAUCAAUGAUCAUGCUCCCUGUGGCCAGAUAAACUUGAGACAGGAUUAUCAUCUAGCAGCCUAUUGUUCAUAG